GAUGGCGAAGAGGUCAAGCUUAUAAAGCCGUUUGCCCUUGAUGGUCAGGUCGAAGAAUGGCUAAAUAAACUCUUAGAUGAAAUGAGAGAUACCAUGAGGCUGACGUUAUCGGAUGCUGUGGCAGCAUAUGAGGAAAAGGCUCGUGAGCAGUGGAUAUUUGACUAUCCAGCUCAAAUAUCCCUGACUGGCUCCCAAAUUGGUUGGAAUUCUGAAGUGCUUAUCGCCUUCGCUCGUCUUGAAGAGGGCCUAGAAAACGCGAUGAAGGAUUAUAAUAAAAAACAGAUCUAUCAAUUAAGCGUCAUCAUUCAACUAUUACUGACCGACCUAACUCCAGGCGAUCGUCAAAAAAUCAUGACAUUAUGCACAAUUGAUGUGCAUAACAGAGAUGUAGUCAGCAAGUUGAUUUCACAAAAGGUGGAAUCAUCACUUGCUUUUGCCUGGCUUUGUCAAUUGCGGCAGCGAUGGGACGAAAUCAAAAAAGAUUGCUUCUCAAACAUAUGUGAUGCCCAAUUUGUUUAUGCGCAUGAGUAUUUGGGAAAUACACCCCGUCUUGUGAUCACUCCUCUAACUGAUAGGUGCUAUAUCACAUUGACUCAGUCUCUGCACCUCUGCAUGAGCGGGGCCCCUGCCGGCCCGGCAGGAACAGGCAAAACUGAGACUACCAAGGACUUGGGACGAGCAAUGGGUAUCAUGGUUUAUGUCUUCAAUUGCUCCGAACAAAUGGAUUACAAAUCAAUCGGAAGCAUUUACAAAGGCCUUGCACAAGCCGGUGCCUGGGGUUGUUUCGAUGAAUUUAACCGGAUUGCAGUUGAAGUAUUGUCUGUGGUAGCCGUACAAAUUUCAGUUAUUACUUCUUCUCCCUCCUCCACCCCCCAAGGUGACAUCAACUUCACUAGUGGGAUUCGAACUUGGUCCGAGCCCUCGGAUGCAGCCUUUGUAGUUUGCACUCGUGGCAAUGUGGCCGAGUGGUUAACAUGUCAAGCCCUCAUUCUGCACUUUCACGGUUCGACUCCCUCUGUGGGUGUUGAUAAGACCGAGACGAGACCCUGUGCCAUGGUAGUUCCCGAUUUCGAGCUAAUCUGCGAAAUUAUGCUUGUAGCUGAAGGAUUUCUGGAUGCCCGCCUGCUGGCUCGAAAAUUCAUCACUCUCUAUCAGUUAUGUAAAGAGCUGCUCUCAAAACAGGAUCAUUAUGACUGGGGUCUGAGGGCCAUUAAAUCCGUCCUGGUUGUAGCUGGUUCCCUAAAGCGCGGAAAUAAGGAGAUGGCGGAAGAGUCAGUUCUUAUGAGAGCCCUUCGCGAUUUUAACACACCCAAAUUUAUUACAGAAGACAUGCCCGUUUUCCUUGGAUUAAUCAAAGACCUCUUCCCUCAACUGGAGGCCCCACGCAAAAGGAAUAUGGAAUUCGAGGCCAUUGUUGUGCAGCUUGAAGAACUACUUGCAGUCAGGCAUUCUGUUUUCAUCGUUGGAAAUGCUGGUGCAGGAAAGUCAAAAGUAUGGAGAACACUUGAACAAACUAAUAAGCUAAUGAAGAAAAAUCCUAUAGCUAUUGACCUUGAUCCCAAAGCAGUUACCAAUGAUGAGCUCUUCGGCAUUAUUAAUCCUUCAACAAGAGAAUGGAAAGAUGGUAAGCCCAAAUUAACGCCAGUAAUAGUUCACAUUUGGCAAUAA